AUGAACAUCUUGGGGCCGUUUGAUGAGCCGAACGUGCGCCUGAUGCCGACGUCAAGCAACGGAGUGGCGAGCUCGGAGACCGACGAGGAUUUGAGCGCCUCCGAGAAGCGCAAGUACAAAUCGUUCACCGUCAUGCAGAAGGCCGGAUUCCAGCAUACAGAAUACGUCAAAAUCAUGCUGCACCUGUGCAACGCCGAGCUGGCCAUCAGCAGCGGAUUCAUGGCGCACGGCAUGUGGUGUCCGGGGUUUGCUGAUGUGGCCGAGUAUCAGUCGACGUGCCACAUGAACGCCGUGGCGGCGCUGGUCGGCAUCUUUGCCGCGUUGAUCGGCAUCGGCGCUGUGAAUCGAUUCCGAUGGCGAACGAUGCUGAUCAUGUGGCUGGUGAUGAGCAUCAUUGCCGCCGUCGGCAACCUGCUCGCCGUCAUCACAGACGGCAUCUGGCUCGACCAUCUGUCAAAGAUGAAGGAGCGAACAGCCGCGGCCUCCGGGCUCUCCGGGCUGAUGUUGCUGUCUUCAGUGGCGGUCGGCGUGUGCUUCAUCCUCACCGCCGUCAUGAUCUGCCACUAUUGGAAUUCGAACUCCCCGCGAUAUCAGCCGGUCGGCAAAUUUUCGAAACGAUCUCGCUCGGUCCGGCGGUCGCGCUUGACACGGCUCUCCAGCGGUCAGGAGCGGAAACGCAUUCAGGACAAAGCCAUCAAGGGAGCCCACAUCGUC